UGUUUUGAGUGUUAGAAGGCAGAUGACUCACUCCUAGGGAAGAGGUUGCCAGGCAUGUAAUAGACACCUGAAAUAAUAUAGAUAGACUGAACAGAUUAAUGUAGAAUCCUAAACUCUUAAAAGUGUCUCCAGAAUUGGUGGGUUCUUGGUCUCGCUGACUUCAAGAAUGAAGCCGCGGGCCCUCGCGAAGAGAAAAAUGAAGACAGGACAUUUUGAAAUAGUCACCAUGCUGCUGGCAACCAUGAUUCUCGUGGACAUUUUCCAGGUGAAGGCUGAAGUGUUAGACAUGGCAGAUAAUGCAUUUGAUGAUGAAUACCUGAAAUGUACAGACAGGAUGGAAAUUAAAUACGUUCCCCAACUGCUAAAGGAGGAAAAAGCAAGCCACCAGCAAUUAGAUACUGUGUGGGAAAAUGCAAAAGCCAAAUGGGCAGCCCGAAAGACUCAAAUCUUUCUCCCUAUGAAUUUUAAGGAUAACCAUGGAAUAGCCCUGAUGGCAUAUAUUUCUGAAGCUCAAGAGCAAACUCCCUUUUACCAUCUGUUCAGUGAAGCUGUGAAGAUGGCUGGCCAAUCUCGAGAAGAUUAUAUCUAUGGCUUCCAGUUCAAAGCUUUCCACUUUUACCUGACAAGAGCCCUGCAGUUGCUGAGAAGACCUUGUGAGGCCAGUUCCAAAAAUGUGGUAUAUAGAACAAGCCAGAGUACUUCAUUUACAUUUGGAGGGCUAAACCAAGCCAGGUUUGGCCAUUUUACCUUGGCAUAUUCAGCCAAACCUCAGGCUGCUAAUGACCAGCUCACUGUGUUAUCCAUCUACACAUGCCUUGGAGUUGACAUUGAAAAUUUUCUUGAUAAAGAAAGUGAAAGAAUUACUUUAAUACCUCUGAAUGAGGUUUUUCAAGUGUCACAGGAAGGGGCUGGCAAUAACCUUAUCCUUCAAAGCAUAAACAAGACCUGCAGCCAUUAUGAGUGUGCAUUUCUAGGUGGACUAAAAACCGAAAACUGUAUUGAGAACCUAGAAUAUUUUCAACCCAUCUAUGUCUACAACCCUGGUGAGAAAAACCAGAAGCUUGAAGACCAUAGUAAGAAAAACCGGAAGCUUGAAGACCAUGGUGAGAAAAAACAGAAGCUUGAAGACUAUGAUGUGAAAAUCCUUGAACCCACCCAAAUACCUGAGAUGGGGUCUCACUAUGUUGCCCAGGCUCAAACUCCUGGUCUCAAGCGGUCCUCCUGCCUUGGCCUCCUAAAAUGCUGGAAUUACAGCUCCAGGUCCAGUUCCUGUUCCAGGUCCCAAAAGUCAUCCUUCUGCAUCCUCGGGCAAACUCCUGCUUCCACAGUUUGGGAUGGUCAUCAUUUUAAUCAGUGUUUCUGCUAUAAAUCUCUUUGUUGCUCUGUAGGUUGAUGCAUUAUCUUUCUUAUGCUUUACUUGAAAUAACUAUAGGGAUUCCACAGGAGAUCAAAGGGAAUGAUGUAUUUUUUACGUGUUGGCCAAAGUCACUGGAUAAAAUGAGAAUUGCGUAUUUAUUAUUCAUUUUGCAAGUUCAGAAAGUUGGUCCAGAUAUAUGUCACAGAACUUUUCACUUCUAUACUACUCUUACAAUUGAAAAAAAUCCCGAAAACUGUAUACUUCUGAUUAAAUUCAAUAAAAGAUUUUGAUUAGA